AUGUCGACCUUAUACAACACAACUUACUACCUCCUUGCUGCAACAAGGGACAGCGGAGUCAAAAGUUUUUGUAAAGAGUGGUCCAACGACAUUGCUUGGCUAGCUCUUGCCAAGAAGAAUUGGAAAGCAAAAGAGAAGUUCGAGGCUUACAGUCACGGAAGAGAGAUACAAGAGGCAGUCGAGGAUGCAAGUGGGGUUAGCACAUCAAAGCAGCUUAGGGAAGCCGAUCAACUGAAAAAGGAUCUUCGAGCAGCUCUGAACCAAACACUCGCAAACACUCUUGGAAUUCCGGUCAAAGGUUGUAUCUUCCCAAAGGUACCUAAUCCUUCAGCUCGUUUGCUAAAGAAGAAUCGCCGACUGGAAAUAGUGCAGUCAGAAGGCUCAACACUUCCUAAGGAAGAAUUGAUGAAGGGGUUCAAUAAAAUGGAAAACCCUUUCAAGAAGAAAUGGAUUGAUGAUAUCCGAUCUGGAGCAUUUAAAAUAGUACUUAGUGAUAAUUAAAUCAAGUUGAAGCCCUGUUCAAACAAUACGAGUUGAAUAUAACUGUUUUUUACUCUUUAUUUUAUUUGAGUCUUUAUGAAAUGAUAGAAAGCUUCCUCUGGUGAAUUCGACAAGCUUCUGAGGAAUUUGACACAAAACCAACACUUUAAAAUAACAAGAAACAGAUUCAAUCUAAGCCGAACAAGAUAUUUGUUUUCUAUCUAC